AGCUGUUCCUUCAGUCGGUCGGUCGGCGUCUCGGCAAGUAGACUUACUCCCUUCAGAAGCCUCGAGUCCCAGGUCUUGCGUCACUUGAUUCUUUGAUUGAUGACCCCCCCUUUAUCGAAGAUGGUGCGAAAAGUGGUGAAGGAUGAGGAAGAGGUUACGAAGGAGUUGUGCGGACUCGUGGAGAAGUUUGCGAACGAGGCGAUAGAUUCCCGAGGGAGUUUCACCAUCGGUUUGUCAGGGGGCUCGUUGGCUAAAUUCCUCGGGAAAGGUUUGCCCUCCAUCAGCACGAGCUGGGAUAAGUGGUCCCUGUUCUUCUGCGACGAGCGUGUUGUUCCCUUCGACCACGACGACUCGACAUUCAAGGUCUACAAGGGGCUCACUGAGAGCACUCCCUUGAAGGCAGAACAGUUUGUGGUUAUUAAUCCCAGUCUUGAAGCUGAAGCUGCAGCAAAGGAUUACGAGGCAAAGGUGCGAGCGAAGUUUCCCAAUGUGGAGUGGCCAACGUUCGACCUCCUGCUGUUGGGCAUGGGACCUGACGGGCAUACAGCAUCGCUCUUUCCUGGCCAUGCACUGCUGAAGGAGGCCAAGCUGUGGAUCGCACCCAUCAGCGACUCCCCGAAGCCACCUCCUUGCCGCGUCACUAUGACUUUCCCAGUGAUCAACAAAGCACGCUGUUGCAUAUUUGCAAUGGCUGGCCAAGGGAAAGCAGACAUGGUAAAGCGUAUUCUUGGAGAUGGAGAAGCACUGCCGUCCGGAAUGGUCAAACCUAUUAACGGGGAACUCAUCUGGAUACUGGACGAAGGAGCUGCGUCUAAACUCUAGAAGUUAGUGUCUGAUGGCAACCUGUGAGAGGAAAAUGGUAAAUGGUUCCGCAAUGAUUUUGAUCUCUUCAUUAGUGGAUAGUUUUUUUCUUCUCUCUCUCUCUCUCUCUCUCUCUCUCUCUCUCUCUCUCUCUCUCUCUCUCUC